CCGCGAAUGAUGCAGGGCUUUGCGCACGUGUGAACGCGGUCCAGCUUGCUUGCCGGGUGGUCCGCGCCGGCUCCUGCAAAAUCCCGAGUACGGAGAUCGGCGAAGCAACCCUCGGGAGACCCUCUCCCACCCAUCUACCCCAUGCAUGUUCCCCGGGAGACCCUCCGGAUUGCUGCAGCCAGCCGAGUCCUCCGUCCGGCGGGGCGCCCGAUCCUCCGGCAGCUCCUCCCCGAAGCCGCGGGGAGGCGCUUCUUCCUUCUCCGCCCGGAGGUCCAGCAGCCAUUUUUCGGGUUGGCCGAACGCGUUCCCGGCGGAGGGUGGCCGGACAAGCGGGGAAAUCCGGAGGAAACUCCCAUCCACAAGAGGGAUGACGUGUAAUGGCCCCAUUGUGGAGGAUCCCGCACCAGACCUGGCUCAGUUGACUUCCAGACAAGAAACCUUUGCCGGUUUUCCAAGUGGCUGCCCCGUUUCUUCCUCGGACCUAGCCCGGGCCGGGUUCUUCUACACGGGAGAGGGAGACCAAGUCAGAUGCUUUAGCUGCCUUGCGACCCUAGAAGGAUGGGAAGCGGGAGACUCGGUGGUUGGAAGGCACAAAGACGUCUCUCCGAACUGCUGCUUUAUUAACGAUGCCAACUUCGAAGACGGUCGUCUACUUUCCGGCCUCCCAAACGGUCCCCCUGAAAGAGAAGCCGCCGCCGCCACCACCACCUCCGUCCCACCCGAUUCCGAUCUCUCUUCUGAUUUUGAGGCCGAUUACUUGUUAAGAACCAGGCAAGUGGUGGAUCUCUCGGGCUCCCCGUACCCUCAAAACCCGGCCAUGUGCAACGAAGAGGUCCGGCUGAGAUCUUUUCACCACUGGCCUCCCUACGCGCCGGUCACCCCAGAAGAUCUGGCCAACGCGGGGCUCUAUUACCGAGGCGUAGAGGACGAAGUGGAGUGUUUUUGUUGUGGGGGGAAGUUGAAAAACUGGGAACCGGGGGACCAGGCGUGGUCGGAACACCGUCGGCAUUUCCCGAGAUGCUUUUUCGUCCUUGGACAUGAUGUGGGGAACGUUGAGAAUGUUGCCCAUCAGCCAGGGGAUGGACAGCUGGACAGAAGCAGCACCCACCGGGUGCCUCCACUUCCUCCUCCUCCUCAUAACCCCUCCAUGGCAGAUUUUGCAAAGCGCCUUCAGACUUUUGGGGUGUGGAGUUACUCAGUGAGCAAGGAGCGGCUUGCUCAAGCAGGCUUUUACAGUCUAGGUAUCGCUGACAGCGUCGAAUGCUUCUCCUGCGGUGGGGGACUGAAGGAAUGGAAGGCGGGUGAGGAUCCGUGGGAGGAGCACGCAAGAUGGUAUCCUGGGUGCAAAUAUCUGGGAGAAGAAAAGGGACAAGCUUUUGUGAACAGCGUUCAUUUGAAAUCUUUGCCCCCGGAAUCAACUACAGAAGAGGCUGAGAAAGUUUUAACGAUUGAAGACGAAGAACAUCUGCAAAGCCGGGCAAUCCAGAGCGCGUUGCAAAUGGGAUUCAGCAUGGAGGAAAUUAGCCAAAUGGUGGAGAGGAAGGCGCGCCUUUCGGCUGAGCGCUACCGGUCGGUUGAGGCGCUGGUCACAGACUUAAUCGGUGCCCAGAGGGAUGAUACACCCAGUGCGCACUUAGAAAACCAUCUGCAGAAAGAUCUCAGUACAGAAGAGAAGUUGAAACGUCUGGAGGAAGAAAAGAUCUGUAAGAUUUGCAUGGAUAAGCUUCUCUCCGUGGUCUUCAUUCCAUGCGGACACCUGGCUUGCCAAGAGUGCGCGGAGGCGGUGGAGAAAUGUCCCUGGUGUUGCAAGUUUAUCGCAAACCGGCAGAAAGUCUUCAUGCCCUAAUUGGAGAUGCCGGUGGUGAGAGAUUCCAUGAAAACAAAAAAAAACCCAAACGCUGACCCAGAUUCACAUGUAUCGCCUCCGAAAUGGAUCUAGCGAGAAUCGGCGCUUUAAUUGGAGGCACCGGGUUGCGCGUGGUAUGACUCGCCGAGAGAGGAAGUUGAUUGGAUUUUCCAUCCUACUAAUUUAAUUGGAGGCGCUUUUAAUCGGAGCGCCUGCCAUUGGGUGUUAAAAUGUUCGGGGGCCGGAAUUUUUUCGGUGUUUUUGUCAGGUUUUCAAGUGGUAGAGAAAUUAUCUUGCAACUUGUUGAGGUUCUUGAUGUAUUUUUUUGAGGGUCCCCCCCCCCCGUAGAGUUUAUAGCCGAACACCUGCAAAAAGUACACCAAGAACUAGACAGGUUUGGGCAACUCUUGUCGACUUUUACAAUCUGUGGACUUCCAACUCCCAGAAUUCUCGGCUGAGGAAUUCUGGGAGUUGAAGUCUACAGGCCAUUAAGUUUCCUCUGCACUAGUAACGGAAUACUCUUCCCCCAAGGCCCUUUCCUCCCUUAAGAUUCUUAAAAUAGCUGAACUUGCUCCUGACGCCAGUCUGAAAGUUCUCUCUAUUGUGUUUGCUAUGCGAUGCCAACAAUUCUCUAGCCUUUGCUCGUCCCUCUUGCAGUCCGAAGCGGUAUCAGCCAGAUACACAAGGCCAACACAAAAAGCUGAAUGACAAAAGGGGCGUGAAGAAUUAUUUUAGAAUAAGGAAAGAGGUAGAUCUUGUACUUCGCCGAUUUUUCCAUUCAGUCAAAGGGUAGAUUGGGGCAGCAACACCGGUAGCUCUGUUUUACAAACCGAAUCGCCUUUCCUUGGGUCUGUGUCUUGGAAGGAAGGUGCCAAUCACACGGGACAACCUCUUGAUACCCCUUUCCAGUGGUGGAAUCUUACUGGUUCACACCGGUUCGAGUGAACCGGUAGUCCAGUAGUGAAAUCGUACUGGUUUGCACCGGUUUGAGCGAACCGGUAGUCCAGUGGUGAAAUCCUACUGGCUCGCACCAGUUUGAGCGAACCGGUAGUGAUAAAAGCUACCGGUUCAGUAAAAAAAAAAAAAGCUGGUUGGUACGAACCGGUAUUUCUGACGAUCAGUUGUGCCGCGCGAUUUAUAUUCGCUAGAAAGCAGGAAAUCCUUCUUUCUAGCGAAUCUAAAUAGCGCAGCACAGCUGUUCCCUGCCCCCUCGCUGUUCUACUUACCUUAGAAACAUGAAGCACACGUUUAGUGCUCACCGCGUAGGCGCGGGCAGCGAACCAGUGGCAAACCACAGAGGAUUUCCCCACUGCUGCUUUCUAUCCCAGUUCAAAGGCUCACCUGGGUCGUAGCGUGACCUCCACAGGUGGAGUAACUGAAAUUGCAAACUGAAAUUGGGAUGCAAACCCGACCUUUUAAGUUUCACAUUUAUCAGUUUGCAUAAAGGCAUCAUUAACUGAUGCUUUGGGAAUCCAGGCGUCGUAACGAAAGUUCUGACUUUGGGCGAUGAGCCGCACAUCGGUUGGGAUUAAGUUGGUGGCGGUGCGUGUCCUUCUUUUUUUCCUCUGUAGAUUCGUGCGAUGGAUGAAGCGAGAGUUUUUGAGUUUUUAUCGUUUAUGGGUAGAACCGAGCUGCUGUUCUGGUAUUAUCGGGUUUUCCCCUGAAAUAAAAGGAUGCAUCAGAAAGAUCAGGGGUCUCCAACCUUGGCAACUUUAAGACUUGUGGACUUCCAGAAUUCCUCAGCCAGCAACUUGCUCAUAUUUAUAGCUCAUGCUGGCUGGGGAAUUCUGGGAGUUGAAGUCCACCACUCUUCAAGGGGCCAAGUUUGGACAGCCCUGCGCUAUGUUAGGUAGCAAAACAUAAAACUGAAUGUAACAUUAAUUGAUUUCAAUCCCUGUUGCCUCUUUAUGAAGGAAAGGACCGGGUGAUACAUUUAAAAUAACAGAAGAAUAAAUGGGAUAUCGGGGUUUGUUUUAAUCUUACUUCUUCGCCUUCCUGAAAUUGCUUUAUAGGAAUUGCUAGGAUGCAAAAAAAUCUCUCCAGCACCCCAAGGAUAAUAAAUCCCCUUUUUGAGAUUAAAACAACCCUCCUCUUGCUCAUUUUUGUGUUUCCCGAUCAGAAAAUCAACCUGCUCUUUCCUAGUAAUAAAUCUCUUGUGUUGUUAUUCCUAUCUUGCUAAAAAAAACAAAACACCGAUCUAGCCGUUUUACCUUAUUUUUCCCCCCUUCUUUUUAAAAGCAACUGCUGCAUUUUUUUAUUUAUUGACGUAUUUAUUUGAAAACUUGUUUAAAAAAACAACAACACUUUCCUGGCACGAACCAAGAUGGCUUUAAACAGGUGUGUCACAUCGGGAGCUCCGGCGGGUGGCGGGGGAGGGGGGGAGGCUUUGUCGCAGUCUCUUUGUAAGAGUUGUGGGGUGCAGUUUCCUGGGAAGGAAGCUUGUUUUUAAGUUUGGCUUUUGUGUUUUGCCCAACACUACAAUGGCAGUUCAGCCCGAAGGGGGGUGAAUUUACAACUUCUGCUGAUAACUUUAUGGGGAUUGCACGGAGGAUGGGGGGAAGUAGAAAAACUGACAGUUUGAACUUCAUUCAGAAUGCUGCUAUUAAAAAUAUAUAUAUAUCACGCUAACAACUAACUUCCUUUUCAUUUAGCAAGGCCAGAUAGCUUUAAGGAAGGUGGGGGGGGGGGAAACCUUUAAGCUCCUGGAUGGUUGCCAAUUUUUAUUUUUUUUUAAAAAGUCUUAAUUUGAUUUCUGUGGCAGGUUCCCUGUGACCUGCUCCACUUAUUUUUCAGUUAUUUAUAAGCGGCAUAAUUUGAAGGGGAUCUAACACAGCUCUUCAGCCAGAUCGGAACUCAAAAAAACACAAAACCACCCACCGAUUAAAACAUGGCAAAGAGUUGUGUGUGCACACUGUUGUUCCCCCAACAUUUUUUGAGGGUUUUGUUUUAAUCUCUUUAUUCACAUAGAGAAUAGCAAGAACUUGUUUUACAUGAGAAGCUGCGUGGGGGCUUUUCUUAUUCAGCCUUUUUUUUAAAAAAAAAAAUUUCACGAAUGCAUCUGGGAAAUUUUACGAGCUAUGCAUACGUCGCGGGUAAAUCCACAUCGAAAUACAGAACUUUUGGAAUCGAGUUGUGUGUAAUUAAGAAUGACCUGACUUGUAAAUAAUAACUGUUUUAAGAGCAAAAAGAUGAAAUUGUUGACAUCAGAAACUAUAUUCCAACGGGUUGAGAAAGAUUUAUUUUUUUAGACGUACGACAAUGACUUAAUAUAAUCCUAGAAUUGUUUUGCAGUUAAACUCAAGUGACUAUUUUUAAUAAAGUGAUUUAUUAUUUUAUAUUCUGAAUGAUGGCCUUUUUUAUUCUUUUUUUACUUAGACACCAG